AUGAUUCGGCAAUCAAGACUUUCCCACCGGCCCUCAAAACUGAGCACAUGGUACACAUCGCUGCCACCACCAAUGAGCGAAGAAACUUCGGCAGAAAGUAUCAUCGUCACUCUAGUUGCUAGGGAGGUUACAAGUCCCGAAACCAUAGUAGUGGCCGACCCGCAACGCGGAUGUAAGCCACACGCAAAGUGUUCAGGGAAACCCUUUGAUGUUCGGAAAGGAGAACAAUUCAAUUUGAAAAUCGAUAUCCAACCUUACCGGGACUCAACCGGGUGCCAUUUACCAGGAGCCGUAGACGCUAUCAGACCUCCUUCAUACUUCUAUGUUAGGUACGAGGACACCGAUGACCUCAGCACGCAAGCCCAAAUGACCGCUAAUACCGAUGUGCGGGUAACCGUUCGAGGAGGCAAGUGUCAAGGCCUGGCAGCGAAUAGUUGGGAUAUAUUAAAUCUCCAGCACAUUGAACUUUUCAAAGUCGCUAUCCACUGCCCGGGCCAUUAUUAUCUUUACUUGAUCGUCGAAAAAGAGAACGGUUGUGGUGCCCCAGAACUGCUUGCAAAGAUCCGGACUAAGCAGUUCAAGGUCUCCAGAUGA